AUGACCAGCAAGAUUGUCAUUUUUGUUACAAAGCACAAGAUUGACGGUAAUGGAGAGGCUGUGGAGUGGAUGCGUUUCAUGACUGUGUCGAUACCAGACUUCCCCAGGUUACAACACAAGUGUCUCGACGCUCAGCCAAGUUACUUCGUCGAUAAUGAAAAGAGGAUAUUUGUGUGUACUUGUGAUGAAACUGGGCAUGCCUGUAUCUACAUUGUGAAGGGAGAUGUGUUCAGGAAGAUUCCAGUAGGUUCCAUGGUUGGUCAUCGGCCUUCUCACCUCGUUUAUAUCCCCACUUUUACCCCCAUUCCUUUCACUCAAAUAUCAGAGAAAGCGGUAUGUAAGCUUUGGAACGCUCUUUGGGAGGACAAGAGUUUCUUGAAGAACUACUUGGCUUGCGCACGCCCUCAAUUCAUAUUAAGGACCAAUUCCAAGAUUUUUUCGGUGGACAUCAUCAAUCUCGACAACAACAACAACAACAACAACAACCCGAUUCUUGAGAUGCAUGAUAUAACUUCAGACAUGCCAUGUACCAACUUAGUUCAUUGCGAUGGGUUUUUUCUAUCUAGCAUUUGGAAGAAAGGUUUCGUGGUUUGGAACCCUUGGUUAAGACAGAAGAGAUUGAUAGAGAAUCAAGAAUUCAGGUUUUGUGGCCUAGGGUACGAUAACAGUAGACCCAAAACAACAGGUUACAAGGUUUUUGGGGUUGACUUUUGUUUCGAUGGUAGCGGUAAACUCUACCCAAAAGUUGCCAUCUACGAGUGCAAUUCUGAUGCGUGGAAGUUUAUUGUUAAUGCCCCUUCUGAACAUGAUUGGGGCAUGCCGCAGUUAGAUACUAUUAUUUCCUUGGCUGGGAAUUUAUAUUGGAUUGCUUAUCAUUCACCUACCCGUGAGUAUUUCAUCCGAAGCUUUGAUUUUUCCAAGGAGAUGUUCAAGACCUUUUGUCGUCUACCUCCUAACGAGCAAGACUUUGGCUAUAGUCAAGUCCUUGCUGUAUUCAGGGGAGAUCGGUUUUCAGUGUUAAGGCAGUCCUACAUGAUCAGCAAGAUUGUCAUUUUUGUGACAAAGCACAAGAUUGACGGUAAUGGAGAGGCUGUGGCGUGGAUGCCUCUCAUGACUGUGUCAAUGCCAGACUUCCCCAGGUUACAACACAAAUGUCUUGACUCUCAGCCAAGUUACUUUGUUGAUAAUGAAAAGAGGCUGUUUGUGUGUACUUGUGAUGAAACUGGGCAUGCUUGCAUCUACAUUGUAAAGGGAGAUGUGUUCAGGAAGAUUCCAGUAGAUUCUAUGGUUGAUCUUUGGCCUUCUCACCUCACCUAUAUCCCUAGUUUCAUCCCCAUUCCUUUCGAACUACCAGUAUCGCAUGUUUAA